AUGAAAGCUAUAUUUGAGAGAAGAAGUGAUGUCCAUGAGUACCAGCAAACCUGGCAGAUGAUGCAGACCAUAGGUAAAUUCUCCAUGAAAAGAAUGUAUGAGAGUUUGGUCCCUGUUGUUCCUACUGUGAGCUGGAGUAGCCUUAUUCAGCACAAUCAAGCGAGGCCUAGAGCUGUAGUGUGCUUAUGGUUGGCUUGUCAGGAUCGCUUGGCCACCAAAGUUAGACUCAAAAGAAUCGGGAUUCUGCAAAGUGAGUUUUGUAGUUUUUGCAAUGAGGCCCCUGAAGAUUUUAAUCACCUCUUAAUUGAUUGUAGAAUCUGUUCUGUUGUUUGGAAGAAUGUGCUUCAAUGGCUUCAAGUGAGGCAUACACCUUGUAACUGGCUGGAAGAAAUCACAUGGUUAACUAGUAAUACUCGUGGGAAGGGUUUUAUGCAGAACAUGCUUAAGCUCUCUAUUGCUGAAACUGUAUAUGGUUUGUGGAUAUACAGAAAUACCAAUAUAUUUGAUAGGGAAAAUGUUGAUAAUACUGAUAGUGUUGCUAGGAAAAUAGUUGAUAUGAUAGUUCAAAGAGGGUGGAUGAAACCCAAACAUAGGAACAAACUUGCUUUGCUCAUGUUAUAG